GAUAUGUUUUGCAGUUAUUUCUCUAAAUUUAGACCGUUUAAAACAUUAUUUUAAUAAAUGGAGCUUCUAUCCGACGAGGGACUUCGGUUGGAUGGACGAAGAGCCAACGAACUGCGCCGUAUACAGUGCAAGCUAGGAGUGUUUAGUCAACCGGAUGGUAGUGCAUACAUUGAGCAAGGCAACACCAAGGUUUUAGCGGCUGUAUAUGGGCCACAUCAGGCUUCGGCCAAGAAAAGUAGUCACGAAGAGGUAAUCGUCAACUGUCAGUACAGUAUGGCCACAUUUUCAACGGGAGAACGCAAGAAAAGACCACGCGGUGAUAGGAAAAGCCAAGAGAUGACCAUCCAUUUGCAGCAAGCGCUGAGUGCCGCCAUCAAGACGGAACUGUAUCCCAAAAGUCAGAUCGAUGUGUACAUCGAAGUGCUAAUGGCAGACGGUGGAAAUUAUUGUGCAUCCGUUAAUGCAGCUACAUUGGCGCUCAUCGAUGCUGGCGUUUGUUUAAAAGAGUAUGUUUGCGCUUGUACCGCAUCGCUAGCCGGUAAGGUUCCAUUGAUGGACGUUUCAAAUCUGGAGGAAAUGAGUGGCGGACCUACAUUGACGGUAGCCUCACUGCCAAGCAGUGGAAAGAUUGCCUUUAUGGAAAUGUCCCAACGGUUUCAUUUAGAUCAUCUCCCAAAUGUACUGGAAACUGCCUUACAAGGAUGUCGAGAGGUUCAAAAAAUUAUCGACCAGGUAGUCCGCGAUCACGUAACCCAGCUGGGACAGGCCGGGGAUUGGGGUAGUAUAGGAAAAUGA